AUGUACAUAUAUGUUAUAGUUAAGGGGAUAACCGUAUUGGAUUUGGAGUCGUCGUGCGAAAUAUAUCACAAGACUCUGGAGGCAACAUCGUGGGAGCCAAUUUGGCCAAAUAAUUUUAGUGUUCGAUAUUUUCAAUGUACUGACUUCUACGAUGCAAUGGUCUCUGGCUUUACGCUUUCAUGGUUCCAAGCUACUUGUGAUGACUUCCGUGAUGGUGAUUGCCACAUCAAUGAAGGCGCCAAAUACCCUGGGGUUCAGUGCCGCCGUCCACUACGUCCUGACACUGGAUUCUUUGCUAAUCUACUUCGGACAUGUGCCAAAGUUCCUGCAGCUGUUUUCAACAAUCUAGUACCGUUGAAGAUGAGACCAUACCUCGUAGCAAAGAUUGGAUUUGGGACUCCAUGCGUGAUUGUGUUUUUGAUAUAUAAAUGGCGUAAGAGGCAUUUAUCAAUGUAUGACGGUGUGGAAGAAUUUUUGCAAAGCCACAAUAAUCUUAUUCCAAUAAGGUACUCUUAUUCCGAAAUUAGGAAGAUGACUAAAAGUUUCAAGGACAAAUUAGGUGAAGGAGGCUAUGGCACUGUAUUUAAAGGAACCCUUCGAAGUGGUGGUUUUGUGGCUAUAAAGAUAUUAGGUAAGUCCAAAACUAACGGACAAGAUUUUAUCAGCGAAGUUGCAACCAUUGGAAGGAUUCACCAUAUUAAUGUAGUGCAACUCAUUGGUUUUUGCGUUGAAGGGUCAAAACGGACUCUUGUAUAUGAGUUCAUGUCUAAUGGUUCCUUGAAUAAAUACAUAUUGUUGCCAGAAGUAAGUACUCUCCUAAGCUAUGAUAAAAUGUAUGAUAUAGCUUUAGGAGUGGCUCGUGGGAUUGAAUACCUACAUCAAGGAUGUGACAUGCGGAUUUUACAUUUUGACAUUAAGCCUCAUAACAUUCUUCUUGAUGAUAAUUUUACUCCCAAGGUAUGUGAUUUUGGCCUAGCAAAAUUGUAUUCAGUAAAUGACAGCAUUGUUUCUUUGACUGCGGCAAGAGGGACAUUAGGAUACAUGGCUCCUGAGUUGUUCUACAAAAACAUUGGAGGCGUCUCAUACAAAGCUGAUGUUUAUAGUUUUGGAAUGUUACUAAUGGAAAUGGCUAGUAGAAGAAAGAACUUAAAUGCAUUUGCAGAACACUCAAGCCAAAUAUACUUCCCUACUUGGGUUUACGACCAGUUGAACGACAAAAACGACAUAGAAAUGGAAGACGCCACAGUGGAGGAAAAGAAAAUAGGCAAGAAGAUGAUCAUUGUUGCGUUAUGGUGUAUACAAAUGAAGCCUAAUGAUCGCCCUUCAAUGAACAAAGUCAUACAAAUGCUUGAAGGAGAAGUUGAAUGCUUACAAAUGCCUUCCAAGCCUUUCCUAUCAUCAUUGGAAAGAAUCAUAACAUGUGGUGGAGAGAAUUCGAAUAAAUCACACGAAUCAAGUCAAUCAUCUCAAUUCUAA